AUGGAUAUUCCAGACGAUUUGGCAUCAGCAAUGAGGAAGUCAUGGUCAGAGUCACUCGACCCCUCAUCACUUCAUCCCAUGACGGACUCCCCUAUAGGAACACCCGGAGGAACCCCGAAGGCCAGCAUCGGUGGCUCUACUGCAUCUGGGACAAGCUCACCAGUGGAUUAUCAACUACUGAAACAUCACUAUGCUAUCUCUGACGAUGGAAGAAAGCCAAGCCUGCAGGAAGGAUUGAGGGAUGUUUUAGAAGAAUUGGAAUUUUCAAAACAACCUAGACCUCAGGCAGUAAGAAGGGGAUCUAUUGAGGAUGCUAGCAAGCUUAGACAAUGGCUGAAUCCACGAAGUUCCUUUUCUGGGGCUUCUAGCAAUGAACCGCCAGGGGUAACGCUUCUGCAGUCCAAAUGCUGGGUUACUGUCGUGGAGACGCCUGAGGAUUUGCCUUUAAUCUUGGUACUCAAUCACUCUAUUAAGGCAUCUUGCUCCAGAUUUAAACUGUACGUGCUGUACAUGGGCGAGCUAAGCGAUGUCGGCGCAGAAUUGAGCAUGCAUGGUGUUGAAGUUAUACGAGUUGAGGACAUCUCUCCCAUUCUCAUACAUCCUUCAGGAAAUGCGACAAGGGCUUCGCCAGAUUCUGCCAGAUGGUGUAAGCUGGCUCCUUUCCUUUCGUUGACAAAUUCCUUUGACUUAAUUUGCUACCUGUCACCACGUUCAGUAGUACUUGCUAACAUAGAUGAAUUGCUAGAAUCGCAGGCAGUAGCUGAUGAAAUUGAUAAUGAGACGUGUGUGUUGCUGUCAAAUAGCAUGGAGCGAUCUCCAACGACAGUGGUUUUGCGGCCGAACGAAGGUGUUGAGGCGUGUAUUCGCGAAUAUAUGACUGUCUACGUUAAUGCGGGCUACAAUGACAAAUGGAACAAACUUCAAACGAUUACUGAUCUUGAAGUAUUGAAAGAGUUAUUUCAGGACUCUUGGGGUGUCGUGGCAGCCGAGUAUUGCCACGCUGGCAGAGGGCCCAUUCCUUCUCAUACUCGAGUAGUAGAAGUUGGGGCUAGAAAGCCCUGGUUAGUACAGUCUAACGAUGAUGUGACGAAACUCUGGAACAAUAUUUGGAGAGUUCUGAACAAUCAAACUCAAGCUCAUUACACUUGA